GCCGGCCCCAGCUGGUAAUCCAGGCCAGUCCCACCUCUCACCUGCCGCCGCACUGCCGGGAGCCCUCGGUCCCUCCGCGAUGGUGCCCUCGCCCGAGGACCCAGGCCCCGAUCUGGAGGGCAGACGGCCUUUCCUGAGCACGAACGUUCUGCCUGUGGUGGAGCGAUGCAUGAGCGCCAUGCAGGCGGGGACACAGAUGGUGAAGCUUCGUGGCAGCUCCAAGGGCCUGGUCCGCUUCUACUUCCUGGACGAGCAUCGCUCCUGCAUCCGCUGGCGGCCCUCACGCAAGAACGAGAAGGCCAAGAUCUCCAUCGACUCCAUCCAGGAGGUGAGCGAGGGGCGGCAGUCAGAGGUCUUCCAGCGCUGCCCCGACAGCAGCUUCGACCCCAACUGCUGCUUCAGCAUCUACUACGGCAGCCACCGAGAGUCGCUGGACCUGGUCUCGCCCAGCGGCGACGAGGCGCGCACCUGGGUCACCGGCCUGCGCUACCUCAUGGCCGGCAUCCGCGACGAGGACAGCCUGGCCCGCCGCCAGCGCACCCGGGACCAAUAUCCUCGCGGACGGCGGGGGUGGCUGAAGCAGACAUUUGACGAGGCCGACAAGAACGGCGACGGCAGCCUGAGCAUCGGGGAGGUCCUGCAGCUGCUGCGCAAGCUGAACGUGAACCUGCCGCGGCAGAGGGUGAAGCAGAUGUUCCAGGAAGCGGACACAGAUGACCACCAGGGGACUCUGGGCUUUGAGGAGUUCUGUGCCUUCUACAAGACGAUGUCCACCCGCCGGGACCUCUACCUGCUCAUGCUGACCUACAGCAACCACAAGGACCACCUGGACGCCGCUGACCUGCAGCGCUUCCUGGAGGCGGAGCAGAAGAUGACGGGCGUGACCCUCGAGAGCUGCCGUGACAUCAUCGAGCAGUUUGAGCCCUGCCCGGAGAACAAGAGUAAGGGAACAAUGGGCAUUGACGGCUUCACCAACUACACUCGGAGCCCCGCGGGCGACAUCUUCAACCCGGAGCACCGCCGCGUACACCAGGACAUGACGUGGCCGCUGAGCCACUACUUCAUCACCUCGUCUCACAACACCUACCUCGUGGGCGACCAGCUCACGUCCCAGUCGAGGGCGGACACGUACGCCUGGGUCCUGCAGGCCGGCUGCCGCUGCGUGGAGGUGGACUGCUGGGAUGGGCCUGACGGGGAGCCCAUUGUGCACCACGGCUACACUCUGACCUCCAAGAUCCUCUUCAAAGACGUCGUUGAAACCAUCAACAAAUACGCCUUUGUCAAGAACGAGUAUCCAGUGAUCCUGUCCCUCGAGAACCACUGCAGUGUCGUCCAGCAGAAGAAGAUGGCCCAGUAUCUGACCGACAUCCUUGGGGACAAGCUGGACUUGUCAUCAGUAAGCAGCGAGGAUGCCACCAUGCUACCCUCUCCACAGAUGCUCAAGGGCAAGAUCCUGGUGAAGGGCAAGAAGCUCCCAGCCAACAUCAGCGAGGAUGCUGAGGAGGGCGAGGUGUCUGACGAGGACAGUGCGGACGACAUUGAUGAUGACUGCCGGCUCCUCGACGGGGACGCCUCCACCAAUCUGAAACGUGUGGAAAACAUUGCCAAGAGGAAACUGGAUUCCCUACUGAAGGAGUCGAAGGCUCGGGACUGUGAGGACCCCAGUGACUUCACCGCGUCCACGCUGCCCCUGCCUGGCAAACGCGGGCACAAGGCAGAGGCCAAAAGGGCCGAGGAGGACGCGGAGUCGGGGGAGGAGGCCGGAACCAGCAGGCAGAACAGCCGGCUCCUCGUGGGCAGCUUCUCCAGGCGCAAGAAGAAGAGCAGCAAGCUGAAGAAGGCAGCCAGCGUGGAGGAGGGGGACGAGGACCUGGACUCCCAAGGCAGCCAGAGCCGAGGGGCCGCCCGGCAGAAGAAGACCAUGAAGCUGUCCCGGGCCCUCUCAGACCUGGUCAAAUACACCAAGUCCGUGGGCAUCCACGAUGUGGAGAUGGAGGUGGCGUCCAGCUGGCAGGUGUCUUCCUUCAGCGAGACCAAGGCCCAGCAGAUCCUGCAGCAGAAGCCGGCUCAGUACCUGCGCUUCAACCAGCACCAGCUCUCUCGCAUCUACCCCUCCUCCUACCGAGUGGAUUCCAGCAACUACAACCCGCAGCCCUUCUGGAACACCGGCUGCCAGAUGGUCGCCCUGAACUACCAGUCGGAGGGGCGGAUGCUCCAGCUGAACCGGGCCAAGUUCAGCGCCAACGGCAGCUGCGGCUACGUGCUCAAGCCCCAGUGCAUGUGCCAGGGCGUCUUCAACCCCAACUCCGAGGACCCUUUGCCCGGUCAGCUCAAGAAGCAGCUGGUGCUCCGGAUCAUCAGCGGACAGCAGCUCCCCAAGCCGCGGGACUCCAUGCUGGGGGACCGAGGGGAGAUCAUCGACCCCUUCGUGGAGGUGGAGGUCAUUGGGCUCCCCGUGGACUGCAGCAAGGGGCAGACGCGCGUGGUGGACGACAACGGAUUCAACCCCAUGUGGGAGGAGACCCUGGUGUUCACGGUGCACAUGCCUGAGAUAGCGCUGGUGCGCUUCCUCGUGUGGGACCAUGACCCCAUUGGGCGUGACUUCAUAGGCCAAAGGACGCUGGCCUUCAGCAGCAUGAUGCCAGGCUAUCGGCAUGUGUACCUGGAGGGGAUGGAAGAGGCCUCCAUCUUUGUCCACGUGGCCGUCAGUGACAUCAGUGGUAAGGUCAAGCAGGCUCUGGGCCUAAAAGGCCUGUUCCUCCGAGGCCCAAAGCCCGGCUCCCUGGACAGUCAUGCUGCUGGGCGGCCCCCGCCCCGGCCCUCUGUUAGCCAGCGGCUCCUGCGGCGCACGGCCAGCGCCCCAACCAAGAGUCAGAAGCCAGGCCGCAAGGCCCUCCCGGAGCUGGUCCUGGGCCCGCAGGACGUGGGCUCUGCUGGGGAGGCCAGCGACGCGGCACCCUCCAGCCCCGGCCCCGCCCCCGAGGCCCCGGCCCUGGAGGAGCCGGGCAGCCGCAGCCCUGGAGGUAAGGCACCGGUGGAGAGGAGCCCGGUGCAGGCGCGGCCCCCGCAGGCCCCCAAGGGCCCUGGGCCUGCCGGGAUGGCCACCACCUGCAUGAAGUGCGUGGUGGGCUCCUGCACCGGUGAGGACGCCGAGGGCCUGCGGAGGGGGCAGCUGCCCAGCCCGGGGCCCGAGGGCAGGCACGUGGCCAUCAGCCAGCAGCCCCGCGCCUGGGCGGGCUCGCUGGGGGCGCCCCACACUGCCCCCGGGAGAAGCAGAGGGGCCCCCAAGGGCCCUGGGUCCCGGCAGCCGGGGCCGGGCGGCCGCGGCUUCGUGUCCUCGGACUCCAGCAGCCCGGGCAGCCCCGAGGGGGCCCCCCGCUGGCCCGAGGGCGCCCGCAGGCAGGCGGGGGCCCUGCAGAGGGAGAUGAACGCCCUGUUCGUGCAAAAGCUGGAGGCGAUUAGGAGUAAGGCCCCCGUGCUCUCCGCCGACGCCCACCCCUUCUCCUCUCUGUGCGGCCUGGAAACCAUUGCCGAGGAGCCGGCCCGGGGUCCUGGCCCCCCACCGCCGGGGGCCGUCUCCCCUAGCCACGCCCCUGGAGGGCCCCAGUGCUCUGCAGGGCCCGGCAACAGCUCGGCGAGCCCCCCAAGGGCAGCUCUGGGAGCUUCCGGGCCCCUCCAGCUCGGGACCGGGAGCCAAGGGAACACUGAGCCAGCCCCCGAAAGCAGGCAGUGGGCGUGCCACGGCGGGGGCCCUGCCGGGGCCUGCGAGGGGGCCCCCGGUAGCCAGACGGACGGCAGGGGCCACCCCUGGGCUCUGGGCCAUGCGCCCAGAAGGGCCAAGAGCGAGGGGCAGGUCCCCUCGGAGUCCCUGGGUGGACGGUGGCCCCUGGCCGGGCCCCACCCCAUCGUGUCCUCAGACGCCACUGGCGGUGACCAGCUAUGGCAGCCGCUGGAGCCAGGCAGCCACUGUGGCAGCGUGUCCUCGUCCUCCAGCCUGUCGUCUGGUGACACGGUCAUCGACCUCUCCCUGCAGGGCCUGGGCUUGGGACUUGAGAGCCUCCCAGGGGCCCCGGCGGGACGCCUGCCCCUGUGGCCCUGCUCAGCCUCGGCCACCCGCCUGGACCUGCCCGCUGUGACCAAGAGCAAAUCCAACCCCAACCUGCAGGCUGCUGGCCAGCGGCCUGUGGGGCCCGACGAGCUGCAGCCCCGCCCCCUGGCCCCAUGGCCACCCUGGGCCCGCCACCCCCUGGUGGGCCUCCCGGACUGCACUGUGGCUGCCAAGUCCAAGAGCCUCGGGGACCUGACAGCGGACAACUUUGCCCCCCGCGUGGAGAGCCCGGGCCGCGGCCUGGGCCUGGCCGGCGAGAGGCCGGCAGGGCAGGGGGCGCGGCCGGACGCCCUGACGGAGCAGCUGCGCAGGCUCGUGGGGUUCCAGCAGGCUGGGGGCAUCAUGUCGCCCACCAGCAGGGGCCCGGCUGGGGAGGGGGCAGCGGGGGGCCCGGGCUUCCUGCGGCGCUCCUCCUCCCGCAGCCAGAGCCGUGUGCGUGCCAUCGCCAGCCGGGCCCGCCGGGCCCAGGAGCGGCAGCAGCGGCUGCAGGGCCCGAGGGGCCCCCCAGAGGAGGAGCGGGGCACCCCUGAGGGCGCCUGCUGCGUGGGCCAAGAGGGCUGUGGGGAUGUGCUGGCCCCCGCCAAGGGCGCCACCAACCAGCUGUCAGGUGCUGCCGCCACUGGCCUCCUGCUGAGACUCUGAGCAGCCCUCCCUGCAGCCCAGGGCUCUGCGGGGGCCGGCGUUUGCUCAGGGUGCGGAGCUGCCACCCCCGAGGCUGCCCGCCUGUCCGGUGUGGCUGUGCCCCUCGGCCCUGCCCCUCCUCCUGGGAGGAAGGAGCCUGCCCUGGUGCAGGGCAGAGUUUUCACGACCUUUUAAGAUCCAUGUACACAUAGAGAGAUAUUUAAAUUUUUAGAGACAAAGCUUCUACAGUAAGAAAAUGGUGCCGUGUCCUUUUCCACUCUCCCCUGGUUUCAGCUGCAGGGCGCGUGCGGGCGCGCGUCUGCCUGGCCCUGCCGUGCGAGGCGCCCAGAGUGACCUGGAGCGUGGCCAUCCCCGCCCCGACUGCUGGCUUGUUCUGCACACACUCUGCUCUGUACGGGACGUUGUAGACUCUUGUAAACUCCUGAACACAGCUCCAAUAAACACGCUUGCGCUUGCUCCGAGUGGGCUGCCGGCCUGCU